AUGGGAGAGGUUGCUCAAUACUACAUCGCUAUAAACGAUGAGGAUAGAGCGAUCUUAGCGCUGGAAGCCUUCGUUCUCCGCAGUAAAGAGUUUGGGAGGUCCGCGGAGAAUCAGCAUGAAACAUUGAUAGGAAUGUGGAUGGCUAAGAACAAAUUUCUCGAAGCGGCAAAAUCCAUUUUCGCCUUAUGCGAUGGAAUCUUCGCCACAAGAAAAGCUGACGGCGAGCCAGCAUUGACGAUCACUUUGUCGCACGGUACCUAUGCUGUCGAGCCGUUCCCACCAGACAAUGAUGUCGAGUUUCAUGUGGAAUCAACGUUCCCUACGAUCACUCUUUGUAGGCUGAUUGUUUGUUUCAUCGGCUUGGGGAAACGAGAACUCGCCAAGCCUCUUAAAGCAAUACUCCUCAGUCGGGAUUUGUUAUCUCACGAUGAUGAGCCGCAUGUCCUAGAGAUUGCCAGAGCUUACUACAAUUGUGAUGCUUUCAAGACGACGAAGUUAUUCUUGGAGACCUUACAAGAGUGGAACAAUUACUGCGACAAUCCAGAAAUGUGGUUCAUCUAUGGAAACACAGCUGCUGCACUCAAAGAUGUCAACACAGCCAUGGAGUCAUUCGAGAAAGUUCUACAGUUGAAUCCAGGACAUGUGGAUGCUCGCAUUAAUCUAUCAGGGUUGCAGCAGAAGAUGGGUCAGUCAGACAGAGCGCUUGAGACGCUUCAGGACUACGAUCUGGAUUCUUGCACACACUUGCCUGAUGAGCGAUUGCUCAUUAGACAAGCAGAUGUUCUAUUUGAUUCCCAAAAGACAGAACAAUUUAUUCGAUGUUGUCGCAUGCUUCUCACACCACAUUUCUACGAAGUCCACAGAAAUCAGGAUAGUAUAGGAAAAAGACGAAGCUCUAAAACAGGUUUCUUCUUGAGUAAUACUCUACGGGUUGCUGCAAUCAACGCGAUCACUAAUACGAAUUGGGAGAAAUUCGUCCGCCGGUUGGGAUCCGCCGCAGCAAGUGAACGCCGAAGUGUGGAUGAACUUGAUCCCGCCUUGGAUAUGUUGAUUGUUUGCUGCUAUGCUUUCCUACAACCACGCAUAACUCGCUCGGAAAAGUCUACAACAUUCCAAAAUCUUUUGUAUUUCUGUGCGAUAAAAGCUCAUUGCUGGCCGGUUGCUUUCGAAUAUGUCCGAUGGUAUCAUACUUUAACAAACACAGCGCAUCAACUCACGCUCCCAAAUAGUCGGGAAGUCCUGUACAAACGAAUAUUCAAUGCCAUGAAUUACGUUUUCGUACACUCGCAAAAUGUCUCCUAUCAUCGUUACGUGAUGAGAUCUCUCUCAAAGUCUCCCGGGAACCAUGCGCUUCAAGCCAUAUCUGGGAAUAAUUCGCUAAUUACUGGGUCAUAUCGUCAUGCUCUGGGAGAAUAUUUGCGAGUUUGGAAUGAGAAUAAGAAGAAUCCGAUGAUUUGUCUCCUUCUCGCCUUGACGUUCACCCACAUGGCGUGUAAGAAAGACAUAAGUAGUAGACAUAUGAUUGCAAUAAGGGUAAGUCGGCUGAGACGCCUUAUGAUAGCGCUUCGGUUUUUGAUUUGA